AUGGGCAACCAGCCUUCCAAGGAUAAGGGCUCCAAGGAUGGGCCAGACGACUUCAAGUCGUACCCGUCCUUCUCCCGAUCCGACACGAAAGAGUCAUCGCGCUCAUUCCGGUCUCUGCGCUCCAAGAUUACCAACAAGUCCACCGACAGCCCUCGAGCUUCCAUGUCCGCCAAUAACGACGACGCAGCUUCGGUCAAGUCAGGUAAGAGCGGCCGGUCGGCCACAUCCCGCGGCAGCCGCCACGACUCCAUCUCGUCGCCCAUGAGCCCUGGUGGCGGCGGCGCCCUGAGCGAGCUCGACUCGCCCGUUGACGACCUCCAACCACCCCCGUCCCCCGUGCACCACACCCAGAAGGGCUUCCACGACGUCAGUGCGGCCCAGGCGUCCGGUGAGGUCGAUCACGUCUCCGACCAGCCGCCCUGCGCCAGCGCCAGCCUCAACACCCAUCUCCAAGCGCCUGGCAAGUCCAUCCUCAGCAAGACCGAUGGCGAGAUCCCCAUUACUGAGGCUGCGGUCGACGACAACACUCCGCAGGCCGAUGCGCCUACGGGCGUCGCCAUGGGCGAGAUCAAAGACAUGGAUCUCGACGACUACAUCAAGCGCCUGCUGGACGCAGCGUACGCCGGCAAGGUGACCAAGGGAGUCUGCCUUAAGAAUGCCGAGAUUGUCGCCAUUUGCCAACGCGCUCGCGAGGUGCUCUUGACGCAACCCGCGCUGCUCGAGCUCGAUGCCCCCGUCAAGAUUGUCGGCGAUGUCCACGGCCAGUACACCGACCUCAUCCGCAUGUUCGAGAUGUGCGGCUUUCCGCCGUCUUCCAACUACCUCUUCCUCGGCGAUUACGUCGACCGCGGCAAGCAGUCGCUUGAGACGAUUCUGCUGCUUCUCUGCUACAAAGUCAAGUUCCCCGACAACUUUUUCCUCCUGCGCGGCAACCACGAGCUCUUGGUGACAGUGUUCAGUGCUCCCAACUACUGCGGCGAAUUUGACAACUGGGGCGCCGUCAUGUCCGUGUCAUCGGAGUUGCUCUGCAGUUUUGAGCUGCUCAAGCCGCUCGAUUCAAGCGCUCUCAAGAGUCACAUCAAGAAGGGGCGGAACAAGCGUCAGAGCAUGCUCAACAGUCCUGUAAGUGGCGACACCCGGCCACCUCUUCCGGCGGCUGAAUACUGA